AUGUCUACCCCGGUUCUCCGCCUAGGCAUCCUCGGCGCCACCGACGCUGUCGAAACAACUUACCUCCCCACUCUCACAACGCUCAAAUCUCACUUCACCAUCAUUGCCCUCCAAACCAGUGACCUCGAAGCCAUCGAACGCUGCCAAAAGCUCUUUGCCAUCCCCAACAUCACCACAUCGCCCGAAGAAAUUCUCUCCAAUCCCCAAAUAGAGGUUAUCCUUAACCUCUUUCCUUUCGAACAUCAUGAAAAAUAUACCAUCGCCGCACUCGAAGCUGGCAAGCAUGUCAUGGUCGAAGUUCCCCUUUCAAUGACCAUCGAAUCCCUUCGUCGAAUCCGCGCCGCAACCAAGAAAGGCCUCUUGGCCCGUUCACCCGACGAAACCACCUCCGCCCCUCGUGUCUUCGUUGGAUGUGCCCGCCGCUACGCACCAUGUUACACUGACAUCUUCAAAAAGGAACUGGCGACCAUUCCCCGGAUUCAUUACGCGCGAUGCCGCAAUAUCUCUGGUCCACUUCGCGUCCCGAAAAACGGGUAUGAUGACACUAUCAACGAACUACAUCGAUCAAACGGCGCUAGCGCUAAGGAAGGAAAUGGACAUGCAAGCCAACCUCAGUUCCAGAAUUUGCUCAUUGAUAUCUUCGGUUCCGAUGGAGACAUCACGCCUGAGCGAGUCGCGUUCUGCCGCUUUUUGGGUAGUCUCGGAUGUCAUGAUUUAUCAUUGAUGCGCGAGUCGCUUGGUUUCCCCGAUGCUGUUUCCUGCGUCUCGAUCACAGAUCCGUUCUACUCCGCUGUUUUCCAUUAUACGGAUGAUUCGGGUGAUGAUGGAAAUCCGUUUACGUUGCUCUAUGAGGCCGGUGUGAAUGCGCUGCCAAGGUGUGAUGCACAUCUUACUGUUUAUGGGGCGAAGAAGACGGUCAGUGUGGUCUAUGACUUUCCGCUGCCUGGGGAGGCGGCGGGAGAAAAGAGAUCGGUGAAGGUCGUGGUCGAAGAGGUAGAUUGUGGUGAGGAGAUGGGAAAUGGGAAUGGAACUAUGAAUGCGAAUGGAAAUGCAAUCAAUGGAAACGGGAACGGAAACGGUAAUGCAGCUGAUGUCGUCCGGUCCCGCGUCAAGAGAACCGAGUACGUGAGUACCUGCAACGAAGCAUACGAUCGCGAACUGCGCGCCCUGCACUCCUAUCUCUCUGGUGGAAAUGGUCCGGAAGCGAAGACAACCCCCGAGGAUGCCUUGAGUGAUCUUCGUCUGCUGCAUAUGAUCUUUGGACACUAUGAUCGGCAGUGUGGAACCAUUCGGACCCCGUUGGGUUAA